CUGACAGCCCUACCGACCCGACAGGCUGGUCGCUCCCUGCAUCAAACGCACACACACGGCGGGAGACUCCCUCCAUCACACACGUCUCCGUCUUCCUCCACUUGCCGAACUAAAGAUGCCUCUCCAGUCCUCGCUGUCGGGGGGCUCCGGUGCCACCAAGGCCUUGAACACGCAGUCGGACGGGAAGUCGUUUGAGGAGCUGAGGCAGGAGUGUCUGAGGAACGGGGUCCUGUUUGAGGAUCCGGACUUCCCCGCCAGCGACUCCUCGUUCUACUUCAGCCAGAGGGUUCCUGUCAAUGUUGAAUGGAAGAGGCCGAAGGAGAUCUGCGAAAACCCAAAGUUCAUCGUCGGAGACGCAGACCGGACAGACAUCUGCCAAGGACAGCUCGGGGACUGCUGGCUCUUAGCGGCCAUCGCAUCCUUGACCCUCAAAAAAGACGCCCUGGCCCGAGUCGUCCCCCACGACCAGGACUUCGACCACAGAUACGCCGGCAUCUUUCACUUCCAGUUUUGGCAGCACAACAAAUGGCUGGACGUGGUGGUGGACGACAAGCUGCCGUCGGUGAGAAACAGACUCAUCCUGCUUCACUCCGCCUCCAACAACGAGUUCUGGAGCGCGCUGCUGGAGAAAGCCUACGCCAAAAUUCACGGCAGCUACGAGUCCCUGAAGGGCGGCAGCACCAUGGAGGCCAUGGAGGACUUCACUGGUGGCGUCGGGGAAAUGUACGACACCAAGCAAGCUCCGAGCAACCUGUUCUCCAUCAUGAAGAAGGGCCUGGACCGAGGCUCCAUGAUGGGAUGCUCCAUCGAUAUCACCAGCUCUGCAGAGUCGGAGGCCAAGACGUCCUCCGGUCUGGUGAAGGGACACGCGUACUCCAUCACAGGCCUGGAGGAGAUUACUGUCCGAGGCCGGAAGGUUCAGCUGAUCCGGAUCAGAAACCCCUGGGGUCAGGUCGAGUGGAACGGCCCCUGGAGUGACAAAUCCAGAAACUGGGAUUCUGUUGAUGCAGCCCAGAAAAAUCGGAUUUUGCAGAAAUCCGACGACGGUGAAUUCUGGAUGGAGUUUGAGGACUUCAAGCAGAACUACGACAAGGUGGAGAUCUGCAACAUGACCCCCGACGCCCUGACCGACAACUCAAAGCGCCACUGGGAGGUUCAGCUGUUUGAGGGAAACUGGAUCCGCGGCUCCACCGCUGGAGGCUGCAGGAACUUCAUCGACACAUUUUGGACCAACCCACAGUUCCUGCUGCAGCUGGAGGACGCCGAUGACGAGGACGACGUGUGCAGCGUGGUGAUCGCGCUGAUGCAGAAGAACAGACGGAGGCUGAGGAAGGAAGGCAUGGACCUUGAGACCAUCGGCUUUGCGGUGUACGAGGCUCCAGACGGAAAGGACCACCAAGGGAAAGAUUUUUUCCGGUACCACGGGUCCAAAGCUCGUAGCAGGACCUACAUCAACAUGCGGGAGAUUUCGGAGCGCUUCACACUGCCUCCUGGGAAAUACCUGCUGGUCCCCACCACUUUCCAGCCCCACCACGAGGCCGACUUCCUCGUCAGGAUCUUCUCUGAGAAGAAGGCCGCAGCUCUGGAGAUGGGAAGCGAUGUUGAUGCUGACUUGCCAGAUCCGCCCCCGCCCUCCGCUCCCGAGGACGAGACGGACGAGGAGAAAGGCCUGAGGAGGCUGUUUGAGCAGCUGGCUGGUGAUGACCAGGCUAUCGAUGUCAGAGAGCUCAAGCAGAUGCUGGACGGCGUUCUCAGCAGACGAAAAGAGAUCAAGUUCGACGGCCUGAGUCUGAGCACCUGCCACAGUAUCAUCAACCUGAUGGAUGUGGACCAAACAGGAAAACUGGAGUUCCAGGAGUUUAAGGUCUUCUGGGAAAAGAUGAAGAAGUGGAUUAUGCUCUUUUUGUCCUUCGACACCGACCGCUCAGGGAAGAUGUCAUCCUACGAGCUUCGCAUCGCUCUGAAAGCUGCAGGCAUGCAGCUGAACAACAGGCUCCUGCAGCUGGUCGGCUUGAGGUUUGCUGACAACAACUACGACAUCGACUUCGACGAUUACCUCACCUGCAUCGUCCGUCUGGAGAACAUGUUCAGAGUUUUCCAGACUCUGGAUAAAUCCAGGAGGGGACGCGUGAACAUGAACCUGUUGCAGUUCCUGAUGUUGUCCAUGAACGUCUGAGGAGACGCUGAAAGCAAACAGAAGCCACCAGAAGAACAAAGCGAGUGCAGUGUGCUGUAUUUUGCGGCCGUAAUGAUGCAUUUUCCUUUUCAUGUUUAAAAUUCUCAUCUGUUUUUUUUUUUUGUUUGUUUGUUUGUUUUGGACUAAAUAAUGUGAGACACUGUCUGCACUAAAGUGUUGGAACGAUGGGAUCAAAUAUUAAAAUUGGCUGACUCAUGCUUUUGGACAAAACUACUUCUUUCUGCUCUCUGCAUGGAUGCAAAUAAACUUUGAAUAAAAUGUCUGGCUCUGA